UGCGGUUUGAUGAAUACCUCUAAGUGUGCUUGUGGACGAGUGGGGACUGAGUAAUUAAACGAGAAAACGAAGGGUAGAUACGUCAAAUGGGAAUCCAAAACCCCAUAGUAGUUGGAGCUCAGAGACCUGCUUAAAUCAGCUUAUUGAAAAUUAAAAACCAAAAACCCUAAUAACCCUUUUGUAUCAGAGAGCAAUCAAAAUCUGAGAACAAAAAAAUGGCGAGCUUCGCAGAAGCACCACCGGGAAAUCCCAAGGCCGGCGAGAAAAUCUUCAAGACCAAGUGCGCUCAAUGCCACACCGUCGACAAAGGCGCUGGUCACAAACAAGGACCUAAUCUAAAUGGUCUUUUCGGAAGGCAGUCUGGCACAACUCCUGGGUACUCCUAUUCUGCUGCAAAUAAGAAUAUGGCUGUGAAUUGGGGAGAGAAUACGUUGUAUGACUACUUGCUUAACCCAAAGAAGUACAUUCCUGGAACGAAGAUGGUUUUCCCUGGUUUGAAGAAGCCACAAGAUCGUGCAGACCUCAUUUCUUAUCUGAAGGAAUCAACUGCGUGAUCCUUUUAGUUAGGUUAGACUAAUAUUUUGUCAGAAGUUGAAGAGUUUGGCUGAUGGAGCGAAUUUGAAAAUUUUUCAUUGAAAUAGUAGAAAACAGUGUCUAUUUUAAAUAAAACCAUCAGGGGUUUAGUGUAUUUCUCUUGGAGAAUAGGCUAAAACUCGAACAAUUUUGUGCAAGACCCUUCUCAUAUGGCAUUUCACCAAAUAUAGAUGCUUUUUUUGGGGGGGCUCUGAUAUAUAUACCGCUGUUUGGCAUUCUAUCUUUGAAAUCAUUUCUUUUGG